AUGGCGGUUUCCAUGCCGGGAAAGGUGGGAACCAAGCUCGGCCCAGAAAAACCUCAGUCCGUGAUUUUGGCCUCGUCGUCUCGACCGCAUUACGCAGCCGUCAAUUCCGUCUCCGGAACACCGCCCACGUCCACCGUCUCCGCGACUCCGAAAAGAGAAGAACCUCGCUCGUUCUUUCGCCUGCCCUCGCAGCCCCUCCCCUCUCUCCGCUCCAUCCUCUUUUCAGACAGUCCAUCGACCGACACAAUGGCUCCCGUCUCGAUCGCUGCCCGCGCCGCCAUGCGCGCCGCUGCCCCCGCCCGGGCCGUUCGCGCCCUCAGCACCUCGACUGCCCUCCAGGGUUCCUCGUCCUCCACCUUCGAGAGCCCCUUCAAGGGCGAGAGCAAGGCCUCCAAGAUCCCCGACUUCGGCAAAUACAUGAGCAAGGGCUCCGGCAGCACCAACAUGCUCUUCUCCUACUUCAUGGUCGGCACCAUGGGCGCCAUCACCGCCGCCGGCGCCAAGUCCACCAUCCAGGAGUUCCUCAAGAACAUGUCGGCUUCCGCUGAUGUCUUGGCCAUGGCCAAGGUCGAGGUUGACCUCGCCUCCAUUCCCGAGGGCAAGAACGUCAUCAUCAAGUGGCGUGGCAAGCCCGUCUUCAUCCGUCACCGUACCGCCGCCGAGAUCGAUGAGGCCAACCAGGUCAACGUUUCCAACCUCCGUGACCCCCAGGCCGAUGCCGACCGUGUCAAGAAGCCCGAGUGGCUCGUCAUGCUUGGCGUCUGCACCCAUUUGGGUUGCGUUCCCAUCGGCGAGGCCGGUGACUUCGGUGGCUGGUUCUGCCCUUGCCACGGUUCUCACUACGAUAUCUCUGGCCGUAUCAGGAAAGGACCUGCCCCUCUGAACCUCGAGAUCCCCAACUACGAGUUCCCCGAGGAUGGCAAGCUUGUCAUUGGUUAA